CGCAACAGAGACCGGAUGUAGUUUGGAAAACGAGGUUGAGGGGAAAGCAAGAACUCUGGGAUUUGUAGUUUAAUCGUAUCGACAAACCCAAUCGACCAUCCAAUAAUUGGCUAAUUAAGUGCCAUUCAUAGCCAACUGGUGUCAAAAUGUCAAACUUUAGAGCAAGUGAAAUUGGAACACAGGAUAAGUCUGGGUUCACAUUAACCAAGGCAGUGGAGGAUGUCAGCCAACACGGCCUUGCCCAGACUGAGGCCCUGAGAGAGAAACAGAAGACACUCAUCUCCCUGCAGGCAACUCUUUCAGAGGUUGAGAACAUAGGUGGGAUGGCAGAACAGGAGCUGAGAUCUAAAACAAGGAACCUCUUAAUGCUUGAGGGUGAGAUGGAGCACCUGGAGCGGCAGACAAGAGUCUUGCAUGAUCGCUGUUCAUCCAUCCGCAAAGAAAAUACAGAACUCCAGAUUGGUAUAAGCGAGGAGGAGGAGAAUGCUCGCAUGGCACUUGCAGGGUUCAACACUUACCGAAACAAGAUGGCGGUUCACAGAGCAGCUCUUUUGCAUGCAGCGAGCCAGACGGAAGCCCAUAAAGAGCUGGAGGAGAAAAGAGCACUUGUCAGGAUGCUGACACAGAAGAAAGAGGAGCUGAAGGUAGAUUUGGAGGAUCCAAAUGGAAACGCGGUGCAAAUGGCAAAGAGUGAGAUUGAUGUUCUGAAGGGGGAGAUCUCUUUGAUGAGUGAAACUAUAGCUAAAACAAGAGAGAAAGUGCAAAAAGAGUUUGAGACUCAUACCCAGAUAAAGAAAGACAUAGAGAUCCAGAACAAGCGCUAUGAAGCCAUUGUGAAGCGCCUCCGCUGCCAACUGAGCAGGGCCCAGGCUGCCCACAGGCAAAUGUCUGAAGAUGUCUAUCACAUGGAGAGAGAGCUCGCCCAGCUCAAAGGCCAGCUGGUGUCGUCUCAGGACUCAGCGGCCAGUGGUCAUUAAACUGUAGUUUCAGGCUUGUCUAAAUUGGACGAACAUGGUUUAUGUUAACGUUUGGAUUGUUUUGUUGUCUGAUUGAAUGUAAGCCUGUAGUUAUUAUAGGGCUGUGUGUUACAGUUAGCGACAGGUUGCUGUUACUACAAAUGAACAGCUGGGGGCGGCAGUGUCAACUAGAAGUCUAACUAUCUGUUUUAGUUCAUCACAAAAGCCUCACCUUGACUGUUCUGCAGUAGUUUGAUAAUGAUAUCUACUUCUGAAUGUGUUCCUUUAAAAUGCACAACGUUUUGUCAGAGAGAUAACACUAGAAGUAUUAAAAUAUUUGUCUGUUUUCCCAUUUUUUUAUUCACUCUGAUGACAUAGCAGCGCGCACUUUCCUGUGGCUGUUCUGAGACUUAAUUUCGGGCAACAUCAACCUGGCUUGAGAUGGAGUUUUAGGUCUGGGUUGGGACAUCGGUUUGUCCAGUCACUGUCCACAACAAUGACCCAUGCAGAACAGAAGCCAAGUGUCCACUCUAACUGUCAAUGUGAUGGUGUUGUUUUGGUUCACGCUGUUCCAGCUUCUGCUUCACUGGGUCGCUUGAUGGUCUGCGAGGUGACAGUCCCACUGCCGGCUAACAAGGGCGUGACUGUGCCACUUCAGCCAUGACUUGAAACUAAUAAAACAAUGAAACUGCCUUUUC